CACAGGCAGACGCCAUAUUGGCAAAACCCAAAUGGCUGCUUGUAGGCUCGCUCAGCAGUUGUAACAGUUACAACAUCACUCGGUUUUCUUCUGCUUUUCCUGAUUUAUACCGAAAAAAAUAAUAACCUGACAGUCCAGACUUCGCACGGAAACGACAAGCAGAUCCAUUUUAGGGAAGAUGAUGGAGACAGUAGAGCUGACAGACUGAAAGAAGGCUGCUAGGAAGCAGGCCAACUUCGGCAAAUUACUCCAUGGGCCAUUCUGGUGAUCAGACUUGAGGAAAAUCAGAGUUGAUAAUAAUUGAGAUAGACAUAUAUCCCUCCAGAACUCUCUUGAGUUAUUGCAGGUCUUGGUGUUUAGAAUCAAAGAAAACCACUGAGUGAAAAUGAUCAAGUUUUUUUUGAUGGUGAACAAGCAAGGUCAAACCAGGCUGUCUAAAUAUUUUGAACAUGUGGAGAUCCAUAAAAGGACUUCUUUAGAAGCAGAUGUAAUUAAAAGCUGCCUCUCCCGGACAAAGGACGAGUGUUCCUUCGUUGAGUAUAAAGAUUUCAAGCUGGUCUAUCGACAGUAUGCAGCACUUUUUAUUGUGAUUGGAGUGGACGAAGCAGAGAAUGAGCUGGCAGUGUAUGAACUGGUACAUAAUUUUGUGGAAGUUCUGGACAAGUAUUUCAGCAGAGUGCAUUCAUGUUUUUCCCUUCACCUAGAGCGAGUUGGAUAUAAUGUUCAACCUGGACAAAGUGCACAUUAUUUUGGAUGAGAUGAUUUUAAAUGGCCGCAUUGUGGAGACAAACAAAAGCAGAAUACUGGCCCCUCUGCUGGUCCUUGAUAAAAUGUCAGAAAGCUAAGCUAGACAUUCCUUCCUGAAGACAAUUUUUAAGACUUUUAAAAGUGAUCAUGGGUGACUAAUACUAAAAAUACCUUCCAGAGAUUGUGUUUUCGUAGCAUCUUUUUAGAAUAUUUGUCAACAUUGAAGGAGACACAGGAACCAAAAGAAGAACGGAGCCUAGCAUGUGGAUAACAAAGCUUAUGCAUAUUAAGACAACUGUAUUGAAAAAGAUCACUUUUGCCUUCUGAAUAAAGUGUGUUACAUACUUGUGGUAGAAAAUAUCCAUUUGUAUUGUGUGAACAUGAGCUUAUCUGGUUUCAACUAUCAAAUGUUCAUAUAGUAAGAUAUUUAUGAAAUAGUUUGCUAUUUAAAAAUUACAAAAAAAAAAAAAACAGCUGGUAACAAUUAAGGAAAAUGUCAGUUCUGCACAUGCCUACACCUAACCCAUCGGAUAAUGGUUUCCCUGUCUUUGCCAAAUGCUUUUUCUGACAUAACCACAAAGCUGUCUUGGUUAGUAAAGUCAGGCACCUAAAACAGUAAUUCAAUGUGACAAAUUUAAAAUAAUAAGCAACAGCACCACCUUUACUUUUGCAAACAUUUUAAUGAUUAUUUUUGGAGCAUACACAUUUGAAAAUAUUUUGUUUUACUUCAAACUGCAACUUGAGUUAAAUAAAUGUUUAUAAUAUACAAAGAAAAUACAAGGAAAAGCUUAGCUUGCUUUGUGUGCCUUGCACCUAGAACCAGUGUUUUUUCUAUAGCUUUUAUUGUAAAAUUACACAAAUGCACUCAGGGAUUUGAUCUUCGUAGCAGGGCAUUAAAGAAUCAAAACAAACUCACACAGUAACAAACAAAGGAUAAAGAAAGCAUGUGCAUGACUGUAUACCAGUAAAAUGAGCAGAAAAAUAAAACCUAAAACUCAAAACAGUGCAGGCACUAGUAAAAGUAAAAUCCUCUUCAAGAAAUGCCCAUACACUCUACAGUUACAAAUCUACAGAAGCAGGCUUUAAACCAUUUUGCUUAAGGCUAGCAAAAUGGGGUGGGCAAGGAGGUUUGAAUAACAAUGGCAAGUGUAGUGAACCAUGGUACCUAACAGUGCACAGAAUUACAUGGAACUUUACACAAAUGCACAGUCAGAAAUGAAACAGUAAAACACGGAAAACAUGAACAAACUGCCCUGGGUUCCAGUCUCACAAGCCCUUGAAGCAGCACACAGUGCUCUGUGCCAUUAUUUGCUGGCCGUGUGGGGUACAGGAAUUU